UGCUGCACAAGGCCCUGGAAAGGAGCGGCCAUUAAGGCCCCGCAGCAGCAGCUCGGCUCUCAGAGGAGGGGUGAGCAAAGGUGUCCAGCCUGGGGGCACUGCAGCAGGGCCGCGGCGAUGCUGUGAGUGCUGUGUCCGGGCUGGAGCAGCAGACACAGGUAAAAAGCUCUGUCUGUGGUGCAGGUUGGCCAGUUCUUGGAUCCAGGUGAUUAGAAGCCGUCUGUAGUGCUUUGUGCUUGGGACAGCUGCUGGAAGGACCCUGUUCCUGCAGAAGGAUGGCUGCAAAGAAAAAGGAGGUAGUGCUGCAGAUUAACAUUACUAGCCAGGAGCUUUGGGAAGAAAUGCUGUGUCUCAAAGGACUCAUUGUUGUUGAUGUGUUUCAAGCCUGGUGUGGCCCAUGCAAACCAGUAGUGAAUCUGUUCCAAAAAAUCAGGAACGAAGUUGGCAGUAAUCUCCUGCAUUUUGCUGUGGCUGAAGUUGAUUCCAUUGAGGCUCUGGAAAAAUACAGAGGACAAUGUGAGCCUGUCUUUCUCUUUUAUAAAGUGAGUGAAAAUAUUUUCCCAGUGGUUGCAUAGGAAUAAACAUGUCCUGCUGGUGGGAACAUCGAUCCUUUUGGGAGGAUGUUUUAUUUCUUUAAUGUGUGAUGGGACAAUUUUAUUUGCUCUGUAUCUGCUGGUAAUCAAAUGCUGUGCUGAUAAGAAUAUACAGCCCAUGUGCUGCCCUGUGGAGUCUUCAGGUUCAGCCUCCUGCUUCUGCAGGACCUCACUCCUCUCACAACCUGUGUUGCUUCAUCCUGAGACUGACGAGGAGGCACAAAUAAAGUUGUUCCAAGGUUUCCCUCUUGCUGUGGAGCAGAGCAGCUCUGAAGGGAGGAGGGCCUGGUACAUAUAGUGUGGGUGAUGUGCUGCUGUGGGGAAUUCCAGAGCCCAGAAAGCAAAAUCUGAGCAUUUGCUGACUGAUUUGCUUUCCACACCUUCCAGGGAGGAGAAUUAGUGGCUGUUGUAAGAGGAGCAGAUGCACCAUUGCUGCAGAAGACCAUCCUGAAACAGCUGGCAGGGGAAAG